AUAAUACGUACGAAUUACUUUAAACGUAAACUUUGCUAAGUGUACAUAUAGAUACAAACAGUACCUGAAUUUAACCAACUCGCAAAAAUUUGAGGCAGGUGUAGUGUGUAUGCAAGUGACUAGAGUUGUUUCACUACAAAGUCCGCGGAAAGUAGAUAAGACUUGUAAGUAUAAAUUAUGAGAUUGGAAGCUCUGAAGACCUGGCAUGUACCACGUAAAGUCCAUCCCCUACUACUGCUGAUGAUGGCUGUUGUCGGCGUUAUUUCGUUCUUCUCAAACAUACCAUAUUACGAAUACAACAAUGUGCGUCCGAUUGAACGGACCGAUACUGUGGAACAAAGACUUGAACUACUGGAAUCAGUUUUAGAACAAAGAAAAUAUAAAGAAAGCAUAUUGAAGUAUAAUACUGAAACUGAAUAUACAGACAGCUGCAAUGCUACCAAUAUUGUGAAAAAUGAAAGUUUGCCUCUGUGUGAUAAUAUGCCGCAGGAUUUAGGCCCCGUUCCAGUGAAUAAGACGGAAUUAGAAUUGGAACGAGUGGACACUCAGUACCCGGAGGUAGCGUGCGGAGGAAAGUACUCGCCUCCUUACUGUACUGCUAGGCAUAAAGUAGCUAUAAUUGUACCAUUCAGAGAUCGUAAACAACAUUUGGCUAUAUUCCUAAAUCAUAUGCAUCCAUUUCUAAUGAAGCAAGAAAUCGACUAUGGAAUAUUUAUCGUUGAACAAUUAGGUAAUGCAAACUUCAAUCGUGCCAAACUGUUUAAUGUGGGCUUUUUGGAAAGUGAAAAACAAAAAGUAGGUGGUUGGCAAUGUUUCAUCUUCCACGAUGUCGACUUACUACCAUUAGAUCAGAGAAACAUAUACUCUUGCCCAAGCCAGCCUCGACACAUGUCUGCUGCAGUAGACAAAUUUGAUUUCAAAUUGCCAUAUAAAGAAAUCUUCGGUGGAGUGUCAGCUAUGACAAAGGAGCAGUUCACCAAGGUUAAUGGUUUCUCGAAUGAAUACUGGGGCUGGGGAGGAGAAGACGACGACAUGUCUGCAAGAUUGAGAUAUUUGAACUACCACAUCGAGAGAUACAAUAUGUCCAUAGCACGCUACACUAUGUUAGACCACGAGAAAUCGAAGCCCAAUCCAAAAAGGAUGAGCUUGUUGCAGACAACAAAUCUAAUAUUUAAAAAGCAAGGUCUCUCUACUCUUGAGUAUGAAUUGGUGGAUAUAGUACACCGUCACCUGUACACACACAUCAUAGUCAAUAUUGACGAACGAUAAUUACGAAGGAUUCCAUUUAUCAAUAAAGUGAUAAAGUGAAACCACGUCUAAGUAUAGAAAUGGAACUAAGAUCGUUCCGGUUGAAGAGCUUUAAUUAUAAAGUCUGUCACGUUUGUAUUAUUUGAUAAUAUAUUAAAACCAAAAAAAAAAAAAAAUUCAGUACUUCUGAAUG